UAAACUUUUGAUGGCCUGAUAUUUUACGGUAACAUUUUGCUGGAAUAUCUUACAUCACGUUAAGCAGUAUAUCGUGGAAUUGUUGCGUUGAAAGGUGAGUGCAAUCCAUUCGUAAUUUUCAAAACUGGUUGCAAAAGUUUGAAGGCAGAAUUGUUCGCUUCCGUGUUGAGUUGCUUCGUUUGUUGUGUUUCGCGAAACGAAUCGGAUUUUGUCCAAUCUUUGAGGGAAACAGUGUGAAACUUCAUCCGCAUUUACUCCACAAAAAGAGCUUCGUUUUUUAUAAGUUGAAUGUGCGAGUUCUUGGCACAAAUGGCAGUCGACCAAACCGGUAGUUCUGCUGUUGUGGACACGAUCCUAAUUUUGCAUAAAUUAGUUACUCCGGAUGUGCAAAGUUGGAUCGCGUAUGUUUUCUCUUCCCAUGGCCCUGCUCAACAGGCCUUACACCUGUCUUGGUAAACCUUGAAAAAAGCAACACUUUUUGAGGUUUUCAAAAUUAUCUUAGCGUUUUUCGGGUUCCUUCAAGCAGCGAGAAGCGUAAAGUUUUUCUACCUGUCAAGUUGUGUAUUUAUCGUUACUGCCGAUCGAUCAUCUUUAUAAUUCAUCGCUUCGUUCCCAAAAAUUGCUCGUGAUCUAGCACUCACGGAACAAAACGUCAAUGGAACAAUAAAGUCUUUCCCUGCAAUAAUAUUUCUUUGAUAAAAGUAUUACAUUAUCAUACCCACCAAAAGUUUUGUUUGGCGUUGACGUUUGUGAAGUCCACGGAUACAAUAUGGCGGCUUUUGACUUCCGGACAAGCAAACUUUGCGCUCACCGUAUAUUUGUCGGGGCUCUUGCUGAAUGAUUAGUAGUUUUUAGUUGAUAUUAUAAGUAAGAAAUAAAUUUUCUUUUCAAAUUGUACGGAAAUGCUUUUAAAUCUCAGAGAAAUUAACAGACAUGUAAACUUGUUGUUGUGUGCUUUGUAUUUUCAAAAUUACCGUAAUUUAUUAUCGUUAUUUUUUUCUAAUAAUUUUCUUGAACAUUCAAGUUUUUGUCGUGGAUUGAAAUUCACGGAAAAAUACCAUCAUUUGUCGGCACGAAAACCCCUUUCAUUCGUAAUAUAGAGUUCACUGGCCGAACUUUAUUACCAUUCUCUUCUACAACUGUUUUAGCUUAUAUAAUUAACUGAACGUGGAAAUUUCUAAAAUUUUUAAUACUUACUAUAUCCGUAUAAAAGAUACACACAAUUCGUGCAAAAUUAUUGUCACUGUCAUUUCAUACAGUGUAGUCAUUAAAUUACAAACAAUAAAAAGGUGAAUAGUACAUAUUAAAGGUUAUAUAUAAUUCCAUGAUUUUUUUUCCUCAUCAUAAUUUCUGGAAACACAGAUUAGAAAAAAAGGAAAUUCAAUACUGUAAAAACUUCAAUGCAAAAAGAAAAUAAAUAAAUACGCAUUGCACUUCAUCUCCUUUUUAAAUUGCUUUGAAUUUUUUUUUUCUAUGCUAUUUCAUUUCUCUUAGAUUUGAAAGAUAUGCUCUCUCAUCACAAUUAUUAAUGUUGUCAUGCAUAUUAUUAAUACCUGAUCAUGCAAUUUUUCUUGUGUUGUUUGGAGCAAAUAAACAUUUGCAAAGUUUUUCAAGGACUAUAAAUUGUAAUUGCCUUAUGGGACUUGCACAGCUUUGUUGGCCAUUGAAAAAAAUGCUUGUGAUUAUGUAUUUCACAAAUAGUGUCCUAUGCAAGUAUCUAGAUGCAUGUUUCUCCAAUUACCGCAGUGAGGUAAUUAAAAAGCUAGGAAAUUCUUUUGGUUCUAUUUUUGUCAGUUUCCUAGAGAUGUAGCCAGGGGAAAUAUGCUCAUAAGUAGCUAAGGAAAUUCCCUUCCCCCAGCCCUAAGUAACAGCCCCUGGUUAUGACGUAAAUGAUAAAAAAAUAUAUAUUUGAAUUUUUGAAAUUAUAACAUAUGUUGAAAUCUCCAGAAAAAACAUUUAAUGAAAAAAGGCUCCUUUACCAAAAGGCAUCAUGUAACUGACCAUGAAAAUCCCUGUAAAAACAAGGAUUUGUUUGGAUUCAGCAGAGCACAGUAGUGCUGUGCGCCAACUGUAACAAAAUGUUUGUGUUUCAGAGGAAGUCCCCGAAAUCCUAUAAUACUAUAAAAUCCUAAAAUUGAAGGACUCCAUGCAAAAACAUCCCUGACACACUCAUUUCAUUUUUGGUGGUGAGGUUUUUCCAUGGAUCCCUGGCCUCCAAUUUAGGAAUCUGCUGGGAUCAAAAUUAUGUGAUUGCCUAUACAGAAAAACCAACAAAGCUAUUGUUAUCAGUGUUUAAUAAUUGAUAUAUGGUACAUAAACACAAGAACAACAACUUUUUUUAUUUCAGUAUUCCCACGUGAGUACAUGGUAUUACCUACAUUAUUUACGUUAUGAAUCUUAAAUCAAAAUAAAGGCUAUAAUUAAAGAACAAGUUUUCGUCUAUAUUAGAUACAUGAAUGUAUGUAAGUAGCUGUAAGUACAUAAAUUGAAGCUGUCCUCCUCAGUGACUGUGAAAUUUGUGAAACACGUGGUGAUCAUAUCUUGUUCUAGGAGAGAAUUGUGCUGAAAAUUAUUUUGGUCAAGUCUUUGCAUACCAGUCUCUUUGUAUGAGGAGAAAAUAGAGCUGUAAUGUUAUUAUUAUACAUGUCUUUUCAAUCCAGUGAAUUAUCUAAACUGCUUGGAAACGAAACAGCUCAAAUCAGUGACUACCCUGAUUCAUAAAGUCAACAUUUCCACAUUUACCCCACACAUUAGAUUGCAAUUAUCUAAGUACCCGCAUUUUAUUAAAAUGUGUUCACAAAGCUGUGACAAAGUCCUCAAUUCUCCCAACUAUUAAUUUUUUGUGGAAGCUAAUUUCUCCUAGCAGUGUCUUUGUGACCUGAGAGAAGCAAAAAUAGCCUUUAAAUAAUUAUAAUUGUUAUUGUACAUAUAAUUGUCAUAUGUACUGUUAAAAUUUCCAGGGCGUGUUGCAACAAACAAAUUGGUAUUAUGAAGGAGAAGGAGAAGUCCUCCCUCGUUGACCUUGGAAAGCGUCUGCUAGAGGCAUCUCGAAAAGGACAUGCAGAUGAAGUUAGCAUGCUGAUGGCAUCUGGUGCUCCUUUUACAACUGAUUGGGUAAGAUAACUUCAGUUAGUAUUAUUGUUAUCAUUAUGAAUAAUGAAGGGCCUGACACAAGAUACCGGUUUACUGUGAGUUUUCCUCAAAAUAUCCCAAUCAAGGCUGUGCUCUCACAGCACUCUUUGGCCCAUGGUGUCUAACUUUUGCUCCUGGCAAGUAGAAAAUCUCUCUGUUUUUUUAUACAAAGCAUGUUCUGGGUACCAUGGAUUUCACAAGUUCAGGUCACUGGGCUCACUUCAAUAUUUCUUAGAUCACAGCAUUGCUAAUUGUUAUGAGCAAAAAUUAAUGUACUUUUUUUCCAUUAACAAUCCCUUCCUGAUUUUUUACCCCACUGGAGUUGGUUUCCAACAUACAUGUACAUUAUUUAAGUGGGAAAUUGCUGAACUGGAUUGUUUCUGGCAAAGUGACCGAAGUUUAUGAGUAUCAUUUCUAGAAAAUGGGCAUAUAAACACGCAAAUGCAGGGCUCAGCCAAAAAAGUUGUAAAAUAAAUAAAGAAUUUUCUAAAUAUCUAAGAAUCUUCUGAAUAUCAAGUGGUAACGUCCAAUAUUAUUUUGUGUUGUAUCCUGAAUGUCCACUGAUAUUUGUGGAAAGGCCUCAGACUAAAUGAAACAAACAAAAUUUAGGUCCCGCAUGUGUACUGUUAUUUCAGAUGGAAUAUAUCUUGGUAGUUCUUACUUGUUCAAGAAAAACUGUGCUGUAACUUUGUUGAUAACGUAUUCCUAGUUGUACAUUAUUGUAACAAACAGCUUCACAUUCAAACCUUUCUCAGCUUGGCACGUCACCAUUGCAUUUGGCUGCUCAACAUGGCCACACCCAAACAGCAGAAGUCCUUCUCCGAGCUGGAGUAAGCCGAGAUGCACGCACAAAGGUAAUUAAUUUUUUGGUGUUUCUUAUGCAGUAGCAAUAUAGUUUUUGGCCUUAAAAAAUUGUGAUAAAAUUUUGCUUUAAAAAAUUUUGUGAAAAUAAUUUUAAAAAAUGUUAAAGAAGAGAAAUGUUUUGACGUUCUUGGGUGUCACUAUUGGUGGCGUCACGUUUUUUCAACGGUUUUGGAAAAUUUUUAAAAAUUUCUUAAAAUGUUUUUAAGCAAAAUUUUAUCGCAAUUUUUUACAGCCAAAUGUUAAAAAAAGUGCUUCUUUUUAAUCCACCGUAGUUUUCACAGAUGAUAAUAUGUAGCUGGAUUAUUUUAUAUGCAUUAAUUUAAUCUAAUAUAAGUAGGAAAGUUUUCCAACGAACAGUAUCCUUAUAUGUUAACAACAUUUUUUGCACCCUCUGGACAAUUUUUUGUAGUUCAAAAUUUUAUUAAGUUCAGGUUUGAUUCUCAGUUUCUUUUGUCUCCCUUAUGCUAAUAAUUUUUCAUGCAAUUAAAUAAUGUGGUCAAUUUCUGUUAGGGUUAGGAGACAAAGAAAAUUGGAAAUUAAAGUAGGUUGAAACCAUUUUAACCUGAAUUUCAUUUUGAAUUAUGAUUCAUAUUAAGGUCUAGAUAAGAUAUUUCACAACUCUGUUAAAUAUGUGUGAUUGGUAAGGAGAAAAAUAAUGUUGAAAAUCAGAAGUAAUCACUAUACUUUUCAUUUCCACUUUCUGAACACCUCAAAGUAUUAGAGGAAAAAAUGUCAAUUACUAUUUCUUGAUCUGGAACUUCAUUUUUAAAAACUGUAUGUGUGAUAAUAUUUUUUGAAAGGUCGAUAGAACACCAUUGCACAUGGCAGCACAGCAUGGCCACACCCAUGUAGUAGAGUUACUUAUUUCCUCUGGAGCUUGUGCAAACAAUGCUGACAUGGUAUGUAACUUAUACAUGCAUGUAUUUUAACCUCCCAAACUGUCCCCUAACCCCUUAUAAUAAGAAUUGUCAAAGAGUCAUCUUCAAGCUAGACUCAGUCAAGAAGGCCACCCUGUAUCUCUUAUUCUUGAGGAUCUUACAGAAAAAAAAUAGGGAACUGUCACUGUGAACAGUGUAUGAAUACACUUCAUAUGGUAUGUUUUUUUUAUAAUUUAUAUGCUUUACCUGUUUAAAAAGUUUGAUUUUUAAUUGAUUUUUGUUCAUUAGUUGUCUUUUUAUUACUUUUAUCCCCACGUUAAUCGUUAUCAUUAUCACUAUCAUGACACUCAUGAGAUUUUAUUGGUUUUUUAACCACUGGAAGCUAAAACAGUAGAUUGGAAACUGAAAUUCUUCGAGCACUUUUAAAGUGAUUUUGAAAAUCACCCAUUUAUGAAGCAAAUUCAGUCCUUGUUUAAAUAAUUACUCCAUGUAUGAACUAAGCCGAACAUUUUCAACGAGUACAACAAGUCAGUGAGUCUUAACAGUACUUUAUUUACUUGUAGAUAAAUUACCUGUAACCCAAAAUCUAGAUGAUUGUUUCUUUUCCUGGUAUCCCUGGUGAUUACAUUAUAUACAUUGCUCCAAGCUGGAACCAUUUUGGUUGCCAUGGCAAUCAGAAAAAGAUUUUGGUGACUAAAUUACAGCCAAAGUAGUAGCAGUGUUCUUACCAGGAUUUUCAACACUCAGGGGUCCACAGGACCCAUAGAAAAGCUCAAAGGGGGUCAUGAGGGAGAAAUCCGGGUCACUCACUCAAAGUUUUACAGCUCUGAGUUAGAGUAAAUGCCUCUUACAUUCUUAGAUAAUAGAUACCUUAUAUUAUACGGAAAUGUACAUGUAUGUAUGUACGUGCAGUGUGUAUGUAUCUUUACAAAUGUUUUGCAAUAGGUUUUUUUCCUUCUUUGGCCCUUAUAAUUUGGUAACUGCUGCUGCAUGUUAGUCAUGUGCCCAGCUGUGUGUUUUUAUCAGUGUUUAUUGUCUUUUUAAAAUUAAAAUGAUAAGUCAAUUAUUUACUUUGUACUGUACAUUAUGUAUGCACCAUUAAUUUUUUAUUCGCCUCUUUCACUCUGGCUGUCCCAGUAUCAAACCCUUGAGAUUUUGGAUGCAUCUCCAAAUUGAAAUGGGGCAGUAAGCCGUUGUAUACUGUAGCAAUAGUUGACUAAUAAGUUGGUUACAGUUUUUUUAUCUGUUUAUAGCUGAAUAUGACCCCUCUUCACUGGGCCUGCGAACACAAUCAUGUGGACAUUGUGAAGAUUUUGCUACGAGCAGGAGCCAAGACAGACAUCAAGAGCAAGGUUACCACACACGUUUAAAAUUACAAAGUAUCUGAAGUUGGAUAACAUAGUUUUUUUGAACUAUUUGUUAUUACAACAACAAAACAACUUUACUUAACGGUGAAAUGUAAAUUAUUAUAACUCCUUGAUUUAUAACCAGAUAAAAACCAUUGGUACAGAUUUAGAAAAAAACUUCAGCAAGCCACUAAACUCUAAUUUUAUCUAGACCAUAAAUAGACUCACAUUUGAUUAAAAGUGUUAUUUCCAUGAUUACUGUAAGUAACAUAUUUUCAUGGUUAAGAGAAGAACUGCAAAGCAUGUUUUAUUUGGGGUGCAAUACCAAUUUCAAGUUUAAAGCACCUAGGCAGCUACAGUGAAACCCCGCUAUAACAAAGACCCUGUUGUAAUGAAAAACAUCUGAAAACCCGGCAGAAUUGCCUCCAAAUAUGUGGAAACAAACCCCGCCAUAAUGAACCCUGCUAUAACAAAAUCCCCGCUAUAACUAAUAGAUUGUGAUGGUCCCAAUGCACAAUUUACCCCACUGUAACAAAUAUUUUGUCUGGUCGCUCGCAGCAGUUAGUAAAUUAAACACGACAGAUUUGAGUAGAAAUCACAGCUUGCAUUAUUCCAAAUACAUCUACUGUAUGCUUCAUCAUGCAGACCCAUCUUCCUUAUCUUGCAGUAUUGAACUUUUGGUUAUUGCUAUUUUUUAAAUUACCCCGCUAUAACAAAUAUUUUUGCCAUUACCCAUACAAUUUGUAAAAAAGGGUUCUUUGCAACUACGAAGACCCUGCUAUAAGGAAAAAUUUUUUCGCUUCCAUGGCACUUCAUUAUAGUGGGGUUCCAUUGUACUCAAAGAAAUUAAUACUCCAUGUACGGAUAGGGAAUCUGAGCUCAAUCUUCCAAUGUACUUUAAUGAACUACCCGUAUCCCUCACCAGCUGGACUGUCCCUCUCAAUCUGCCAGUGGAGGUUGAAUUGUACUGUAACAAGUCGAGAUUUAUUUUUAUUUUGUACGUCUUUUUUCUUUAGUUUGGUAAGACACCAGUUGAUAUUGCAAGAGCAAAGGAUUAUAUUGAAGUGCUUGCUGCAUUGUCAUCUGAUCAGGUGAGUUUUUCUUCCCAGUAAAACCAUUUAAAAUAAUGUGAUUUGAACACAUUUUACUCUUUCAGUCUAAGUACCUGUACCUAAAAGACUGUUGAUGUACAUGUAACAGCAUUUCAAAGAAUUACAUUUACUGCCUCUUGCUCUUCCUGUGGUUGCAUAUAAUCUGAUAUUAUCGCCCAUGCUCUCUAUAUAUGUUUGUUGUGGUACAACUGAUUGUUUUAGAAUCAAAAUGUAUUAUCUUUGGUGAUUAUAAUUGCCUUAGUUUGUUCUCAUGACUUUGCAGACACGUAUAUCCUAAAUUUGAUGAGUAAGUAAGAGUGUGAGGAGAAGUUAGACAUCCAUCCUCUGUUGGAUUAAAGGGUUCAUUAGUCCUGUAGAGGAAUAAAGUUAUUAAUCAUAGGUGGUGGUGUACAGUGGGGUGUGGCAAUAAUUAUUAAGUUGGUUCAGAAUUCAAGAGAGAUAACCUUAUUCUAUUAGGGUUCAAAUUAUUUGUUGAUUAUUUAUCAGGUAUCUCUAGUUUAUAUAUUGCUUAUUUACUGUACUUUAUUACUUUAAUAAGGAUCCAGACUUGACAAUACCAAAGACCCCAAAGAGACCAGGUAAGUUACUUCUUGUCCUGUAAACAUGCAAUAAGUGGCAAGCAUACAGACAUCACCACGACUGUGCUCUAAGAAAAAUUGAGAGGAGCCCUGCAGUGCUCUGAAUUUGUGAAAUCCAGGGUCUGUGGUGCUCAAUUUCUGCAUGGAAACUAAGAUUUUCUGGUCGCCUGGGAGCGAAAGUUACGGACCAGCUGGGGUCACUGGGCACUGGUAGAGCAUCAGCCUUAGCUUGCACCACCCUUAACCAGUGUUAAGUGUACAACUGAUGGUUUUCUAAUUUAAGGAAAUUAACGCAAGUGUUGUAGUUCAAAAUGGCCUGAGGUUAAAAUAGUUUCAACCUGUCUUGAUUCUCAAUAAUUUCGUUUUAUGUUUCCUGCCACCAAUUAUAAAUGAUUAUGAACAGUGGCUCCAGUUUCACUUGUCUCUCAUGAAUGCAGUGUUAAAGAAGACAAAGGAAAUGGUUGAAACAAUUAUUUUAACUACAACAAAAAAAGUUUUUUUGCAUUUUAUUUUAAUACAGCCCACCUGUGCAAUGAUUUUCUUUACUAACUAACUAGCAAAUGAUUUAUAUUGUUUGUUUUUCAGCUGAUCGAAACAAUCUUUCUUUGAAUUCCAUGAAGAAGAGACAAAGAACAAAAAAGUUUCCUAUGACAGAAGGCUCAUGGACCGGUCCUGAAGGACCAAAAGGUAUGAAAUAAUGAUCAAAGGUAUAAACUUGUAAUCAGACUUAGAUCAAGUCCAUCAGGGGUCCUGAAUUGGGGACCACAACCACUGUCUUAACACUCUUUAUUGCAGCACAGACUUGCUCCGAAAGUACCUUUCUGUACUCUUGUACUCUAGAGGCUGGAAUAGCUUUACAUAGCUGUAGUUCUUUCAUUUGAGUGAUGGUAGACUGAGUAAAUACAUAUAUUAUGUGUUUUUCAUUGCUCUCUAUGCCCUGGGUGGGAUGCAGAGGGCUACAGAUCAGUGCAAUUCUGGAAGUUUGCAAUAAUGUAAGGAGGUGAAUUGCACAAAUCUCUUUUGUAUCUUUUUGGAGCCAAUGAUUACAUGGAAUGUUAUUUUUGUGUGUCAGCCAGGAUAACAUUUUAGGGGGUAAAAACAAAAUCACUCUUUGGAAUAGGUAUCAGUUCAUAAUGUAGAAUUAUUGAGAACCACGUGGUUCAUUCACAUAUUUUGAUAAAAAGUACAUAUUUAAGUUUCAAUAAAGCUACUGUAAUGCUGAUUUUCCACACUUUUUUGCCUGCUACAGAGAAUGGUAACAAGCCACGCAGAAAGGCUACAACACCAGGAGCUUCUCCCAAGUCAGCUGUGGGUGGAGGAAGAAGAGUUUCUGCACCUCCUCAGUUUCCUAAUGCAGGUUAGAGUCUUGGAGUCUUAGGUUUAGUCUUAUCUAGCCUUAGCUGCUGGGUUUGAAAAGGGGUAAAAAAAACCCAGAAUGGUAGAUUUUUCCUUAGUGCAUGGAAAAAGAGCCCUUGUAUUAAGGUAAUAAAUAAGAACAAACUCAAAAGUGGCAUUGCUUCCAGGAUUUAGGCUACAGGUCUAUAUGUGGUGUUUUCAUUAAUGCGCAUACAAUCUUUCGUUGAUUAUUGUUGGAGCAAAUGAGAAUGUAUUGUGGAUGAGUGAUUUGAGGCAAACACUUCAACUUGAUCUGGGAAAUUUUUGUUCCUCACAUUUCUUUGAAUCUGUUUUUAGGCUCACCAUCACUGCGUAGUCCAACAGAGAACUCCAUUGCAUCCCUGGUGUCUGCUGCUGCCAUUGUAAAAGCGAAAUCAGAAAGUGAACGAGAAGGACAACCAACAACUGGUAUGUAACAAUGAUUUCCAUGAAACUAUUGUUUAUGCCUUUGGGUAACUUUACUUGUAUGAUUUAUAGAAAUACAUGUAUAACUAGAUACAAUCCACACUUGCUACAUGUAGUAAGGGCACCUCUCCAUUAUGGAUUAUUUUUUGGCCACAAAGAAUAAUCGAUUUUGAGAUAAAUAUUAGCGAUAGAAAAUCACGACGUUUCGACCUCUCCGAGGUCAUUUUCAAGUGUAUAAAAGUUCUCUAAAUUAGCAUAAAUAAGUUAAAGACAAGUUAUAAUAGAUAAAAAUGUGGUGAACGCUAAAAUGUGAUAAAAUAUGUAAAAAUGUAAAAAGUGCUAAAAAUAUUUAUAAAAUCAAAAAACAAUGGAAAUAAAACAAUGUUAACAAGAACUACUCUAAACAAAUAAUUUGGCGUGAAUUGAAUCGCACUGUUUGUUAAGCGUCGGUUUCAGUUCUUGGAUAAAAAACAUUUCAAAAAUAAGGCAGUCAAAGAAUAAUCCUUACUUAUUUAAGGUGGAUCUCUUUCUAGAGGUUCAUCAGUAUGACAACUUUAGGACAGGUUUACAGUUUGUGAAGUUUUAGUGGCAUCGCAAUGUGGAAAACAAUCUAACAAUUUUCCUUUCUUUCGUUAUGUGGAAUUAUUUUAUCUUUGUUUUCUGUUUGUCUUUCUUAGUGAACUCUGAAGGUAAAAGCACCACCAGUGCCACCACUAAAUCGCAAGAUUCAAGUGUCCUUGACACUUUGGCAACUCUAGCUACAGCUACCUUAAGCCACACUGCAUCUUCAACAUCUACAACACCUCAGCAGGUCACAGCUGUACCUGGCAGACCCAUUGGCAUUGCACCACUCACUCUGCCACCAACCACGCCAACCCUAACCACACCCUUGACACCCUCAAGUCUCUUCCCCAUGCCAUCCCCCCUUGCAGCACUGUCUGCUCUGUCAUCAUUAUCAUCACCUGCUCAAACGUCACCUCUUCCACUCUCAUUUUCCAUGCCAGUCAUGACUCCGCAACAGGUAUCGACAUCGGGAACACAACUGCUACCUCUUGUCCAGCCAGGAGGGACACCAUUCUUCUCCAAUGCAGCAGGCCUGUCUAUACAAGUUCCCACUCCUGCCACAACUGUGGGGGAUAUAAUGUCGAGUAGUGCUACCAGCUCAGGUGUCGCCAUCGCGGGAACAGAGACUGGAGUUAAAUGUGUGACCCUAAAUACUGGGACCACGCCGGUUCCCAAUACAGCAGCACACACAGUGAUUCCACAGACUGUCAUGUCUCCAUUUCAGCUGUCAAACAGUUCAGGUCAGGCACUUAUUCAGACGCAGCUAGCUCUGACUCAGAUGCUUGCUCCAACACAAGGCGUGCAGCCCAGUGUGGUGCUAGAAAUGAAUGCAACAACAAACAAAGAUGGCGUUGGUGAGAAAUAUGUCUUUCCACCUUCGUACCAUGAGAUUAGUAUUCAGCAUUGAAGUUUUUGGUUAUUAACCCAACCAUAAAAAAAGCCUUUCCAAAAAUAGUUUUUCCUUCAUCAUAUCAAGCACACUUGUUUUUAUAUCGGGUGUUUAUUGUAAGGCCUUUCAGUAUUUCAAUCUUACACAUGGCUUUUAUUGUGCGACUAACCCGACCCCUGUCACAUGUCAAGUGGCCCUUAUCACGCACGUUGUUCACGUGCACUUGUCAUGUGGUUAUUAAUUAUGUAUAAUUUAUUCUAGAUUAAACAAUGUCAUUUGUUAGGGCUCCAUCCUAACAAAUCUGGAAAUUUUUGAAGCCGCUAUUUUUUCACCCGGAUUCGUGUGGAUGGGCCUUAAACAGGUCUGUAAAGCGGUUUCAAAAAGAUGCGAUUUCGUUGAGCAGAUUCACUGAUUUCGUGUUGACAGAAGGCCAAAUUUGUGUCAAAGAAGUAAUAAUAUAAAAUACAAUGGAACCUUGAUUUAAGGAACCUCUAUAUAACGAAGUCCUCGAUAUAACGAACGAUUUUCUUUACCCUAAUAAUAGUAAAAUAUAUGAAAAAGAACCUCGAUAUAACGAAACCUCUUUAUAGCGAACAAAUUUUGUCAGUCCCUCGGCCCUUCGUUAAAUCGAUUCUUGUGGACGGGGCCUAACUUUUCCCCUGUUUGAAUUAUUGCAGUUCAAGUUAAAGUUGACCAGAAUCAAGCAGCAGAGCUAUUAAAAGCCCAGGCCCAGUCACAGGUAGGGUUUAUGCCAAGAGUAAGACGUUCAUAUAUGUAUUUGAGAUAUACAAAAUGUUAAAUCAUGAGUACCCGACCUUCUUCUUACUCAGUCGCCCUUGUUUGUAGUGGCUUGCCUCUUUCUGCUCACCGCUUGACAGGAGGUGCCAACUCUGAAUAAAACAAGAGGCGGCUCGCAAGUGUGUUUCUGCUCUCCUGUUCAAACUACAACCCAGCACAAAUGUUCUUCUCGUCUAGCUACCGGAUUCAGAAUUAUGUAGAUUUGUGAAUCAUCAGUAUACAUGGGCGGAAUUAGGGUCGACCGAGUGGACCGCGGCCACCCCUUUUCCUGUGAAAUUUUGUAUUUUUUUUAAAGAAUUCUCAGUACAAAAAUAAAUUGAAAAUAGUACCUAUAUAGUUGGCAAGUGUCCCGGCCGCUCCCUUCCGCCUGUGUUCCGACUUUUCUGGAUCCGCUACUGCCAUACGUUAUCCAGGUAGAAUUACGACGUUUACUGCCUUUUUCGGUGUUUGUUUUAGCUCACAUUAGCAACACACUGAUUGUUCACGCUUUGUGUUGUUUUAGAUCUGGAGGACUUUGUGCUAACCCUGGCUCGGUGUCCCUUUGCGUUGCGAAAGCUUACGCCACUUUGGCCACCACAAAUGUCCUGUACUUUAUGUUGCAAUGUAUUUUAAUUUAAAUAAUUUUUAAAAGAUACACUAUAAUAUGUCACUUCCAGGGCCCUUUGUUGGUCCACCUUUUUCUAUAAAAUGGAGAAAUUAAAAUGAACUCUGAACCUGUUAACUUAGACAAGAUUCGUUUGUCCUAGCCUGCGUAGCUGGCGGAAUUGUUCUAUUUCAAAGCACCUCCGCCCCUUGGCCUUUGUCCGCACGGCUUCGCAGUUCCCCUGCCAAAACAAUCCCUUCGGCUAAGCAGGCUACCUUUGCCCACUCUGUUGGCCUCCUGCUAGGAUUACGGUGGUGUGAAGUAUUCCUUCUGGAAGUAAGAAAGUAACGUUAAUGGCUUAGUCAGUGCUGUAUUAUACUGCAUUAGGUCCUGUCGUGUGGGCCUCUGUUUUCUUAGCGUCAUUUCCUUUGUCUCUCUUCUCGGCCUAGCAGUAGGAGUUAAUGCUGGAUUUUAAUAAUUCAGUUACAGUGUUUGGCCAGACGCGCAAUCCUUAUGUGGAUCUUCUUCCCCUCCCUGGGUAGAUCACAUUAGAUUGACAGAGUACUUUAAGUUACAAUUCCAAACCAUCUACAUAUAUUCUUUGUUUCAGGAGGUAGCGAACACUCAGCUUCAACAGGAUGGUAGUGACACCAAACAGGAUGAUGUGAAUCUGUCUCAGAAUGUACAAGGAACACAGGAAGUUCUUAUAACGCUUCAGGUUCCUGCUGGAUUGCAGCACUUGCAACCUCAGUUGGUUACAGAUCCAACAUUUGGACUGCAACAUGUGCAGUUGGUUCAGCCAGUAUCUGGUCAGGAAGCGCAAACAGUAAGGCAUUUUGAAGUUCUGGUAUCGUUUCGUUGCGUUUUAUUUUCUUGGCCAAAAAAAACGUAAUUACUUGUUGGCUUUGAAUCUUGAGCCUGUAAACUCUUUUAUAUAGUAGUCCCAGUGUAGUUACCUUAAAGAGAAUACCUUCACAUGUUUAAAGUGAACACGAUUGUUGAAAACAAGCGUUUUGCGAGGGUGGCGUAACAUUUCAGUAGCCGGCAGGUGUGUUGUAACGGGAAGGUUGCUGCCUCAUCCCCAGUUCGCUCGCGAGUGCUUAUGCCGGGGAUCCGUGCUCCCCGCGCGCUCAGCCUUGAAAAGCUUGUGGAGUGGGGAGGCAGGGAAUGCUGCCAGUUUUCAUAAGACUUCCGUCGUGGGGAAAUGACCCAGCUAACCCUUAGCAUCCAUAGGCAUAGCGGUUCAAAUUCUGUUGGAAUCCCCACGCACAUAACAUAAUUAAUAACGCAAUAAUACCUCAGAUUCAUUUGUGUUAUUGUUAAGAACGAUCAGGGAUUUUAAAUUUUUUCCUUCUCCUCACUUGAUGGUGGUAUUCGUGUGUUACUCGGUUUGGAAUAAGACGACGUUAAACGGUAUCUUGAUGUCGCACCAUAAACCAUUUGUUGUAGUUAGCAAAUUUUUGAUUAUAAUUAAUGCCUUCUUAUAAUCAUUGUCAUUAUUUCCAUAAACCUAGCAGACAGUCACAGCUUCAUCACAGCCGAACCAAGUCACUAUUGUUCAGCAGCCCGAUAGCAGUGCACAGGCCACCCAGGAACAAACCGCUGGCUCAGCAGCACAGCAGGCUCCUGUUGUGCAGUUACAACUCCCACAGGAUCAGUUGAACCUUGCGCAUCUAAUGCAGAAUUUGGGUCAGGGAGGGUUACCACUCACACCCUUGACUUUAACACCUCAACAGAUGCAGCUACUCGCAAGUAAGUAAAGUGAAUAGGCCAGACAACCAACUCUCUUUUAACGGACACCUAGACCAAGCCCCUGCCCUUCUUUUAUAGGCAUUUUCUUUGACUCUUAAUUUGAGGAACACGCCUCUUCAUUACUGACCUCUCGCUAGGAAGGAAAGUUGUCCCGGAAAAGAGACGGUCAAACCCCCCCCCUCAAUCCCCCAGCGGAGUCAGAUCUAGCGAGCACUUCUAUUAGAAAAAAAAUUUACUCUUUUGUCCGAGCCAAGAGCUGACAACAGCGCUCGGGCAUUCUCUGACCAAGUUGACCCGGCUGGGCGAGCCAAAGGGAUUAUUUGGAGAAAACUUGGCCCGGCUAGGAGGGUGUCCCUACCUUCACAAAGGGUGACCCGCUUCGUUCAUGCGAGUCAUUCCUCCAGCCGAGCCAGUUUUUUGCUUCUCAUGUAAAAGUUCGCCAAGAUUUGUAAGGCAAUGUAGGAAAAGUUAGCUCGCUCUGCAGGGUAGCUCGGCAGGCGAGUGAAUCUUCUACCGGGGACAAGUUUUCUCCAUGUAAAUCGGGCCUUAGUCCUUUAGCCAUUUUCUUUGGAUCACGCUUUUCUCUAAAUUUUGUUGCCGCCGACGAGGUGAAAGUACCAAAUUAUAUGCUUUCUUGAGAGCGUGAACUGCAAGGCGACGUAGUUGACUAUGACUCUCUGAGGUGGGACGUGUUCGGCGUCUUCGGCUCCAGCCAAAUUUUCCAACUUUAAGUAAUCACACGACUUGGGUUACAAGGGUGCGAAGUCAUUUUUUAGGCAAGGUUUCAUUGGCCUCGCGCUCAUCGAAUGUUAAGGUCCUUUUAAGGGAGGUUAAACUUCCAAAGCAAACUUGAAACACUCGGAGACAAACCGCUUUGCUCAAUUAUGUUCAUAUGUUUGUCAGUGAUAGUUUUUAGGCGUUCACAUGUAGCUUUAUUUUUUCUUGUUUUUCGAUUUCGUAGAUUCACAGUUACAGAUUGGUAAUCAGAUGCCGCAGUUGAAUCAGAAUUCACAACAACCGCGACAACAGCAGGUACAACAAGCCGCAGGAACAACCCAACAACAGCAGCAGCAACCACAACAAAAUGUCACUCAACAGUUGUUGGCACAGUCAAUUCCACAGAGGACGUUGCUACCACAAAACUACGUCACACAACUCGGCCAGGUGAGCGGUAUAAUUUCUUAGCCUCUAAUUUCUUGUAGCCGCUGGUUACUUACACCGAUGUGAUUAGUUGGAGUCUUGAAUGGUCGGUCUCUUCAAUGAAACUGCCCAAAAUAAUUAUUUUGGUUUCGGUUUCACAACAACCCCUUAAAAAUAGCUCUAAUGCCUAAUUUUAUGUAUCUUCUGGCUCCUUGGUGGCUUAGUUGUAGGGCUAACAAUUUGCUUGUCCGUGAGAUUUUGGAGAGCUGACACAAGACAAGUUACAUAAGCGAUGGCAUUAGAUUCAGCUGGUCAUAUUCUCGUUAGUGAGAUUUAAAUAUCAUUGCACGUUUUUGUGUUCAACCUUUUAACUUCUCAUGAUCCACUAAGAGAGCUUUUUUUUUUUGCCUUCUUGGAAUGACUAAACUAACAAGGGGAACCGGAAAACAAUGUUGUUGCCUCUUAGGCACGGUUUAUAUGGAGCAAAACCUGUUGCCAGUAGAAGGGCCACCCUCCCGGCCGAGUCAACUUCAGCAAGCGUUCAUAUGAGGAAAAAGUUCUUCCCUUUGGCCUCGCCAUCAGCGCUCAUGUUAUUCUGCAUGUGAUCUCAUUGUCUAAAACAGCGCUGGUGCAUGCUCUGAUUGUCUCACCUUGACUGAGUUGACCCGGCUGGGUGAGCCAAAGUGUUUAUAUGGAGAAAAGUUGGUCCGGCUAGGAGGGUGACGCUACCAUCACAAAAGGGUGACAGGGUAGGCGAGUAAUCCUUCCAGCCGAGCCAAAGUUUGGUGUCUCAUGUAAACGCGUCCGGAUGAGCCUUCAACCCAAGACAACUUUUCUUCAUGUAACGGGGCUUUACAAUGACAGUAAAAUGCCCCUUUGUAUUGGUUUGAUUAUUUGUUCGUAUCAUUUGAUUGUCAGACUCCUGUGCAAACAACAGCAGAUAACCAACAGCAAUCGCAACAGCAGCCUCAGCAGCAACAACCAUUGAUCGGCCCUCAGGUUUUACUGCAAGUUAAAGAAGACCUUCGUAAGCUGCUGGAGCAACGACAAGCAGAGGAAGAGAAAGCUCGAAAGGACCUUGAAGUCAAACUCCAAACUUUGCAACGAGACAGCGAAAAAUAUCGCACAGAGCUUGAACACGCACAGAAAGAGGCCCAAGACUAUCGCGGACGGUUAGAGGAAGAACAGAGAGAAAACUCAAGACUGCAUCAGUUGUUUGAGGCUUCGAAACAAAGCAAGAAUAGCAGCUCUGAUGAACAAAAAUAA